AUGUUGAGUGAUGUUCAAUUAGAUAUCGAUAAGCUACCGAAGACCCACAUUGAAAAAUUGUCAAGACAACAUAACCAGUGGGUUGAAUUUGAUUUGAAUUCACUAUUAAUCCAUCUUGAUUCACUAUUACUUCAAGCAGAACACACUUAAAUCAGCAUCCUGGAUAGUCUUCAGAGUUUGAAGGAGAAACAACUAAGAGGGAUUGAAGAUAUAAGAGACUUACUAAUUUUAGACCAAAGAGAUCAAAAGUGGAUUGAAGAUGACUUAGCGACAUGCAACUAUGAUUAAGAAUAGGGAAUCAAAAAGGAAAGGGAUAUUGAUGACUUUGGUUUGCAUAUCAACAAUUGGAAUAUAGUUAUUAUAUACUAUAAAUUUGUUCAUUGA